CUUUAUUGAGCAAUAUUUCUAGUUAUGCUGGGUGGCCAUGGUUAAGUUUAACCCUAUCUUUAUUGAGCAAUAUUUCUAGUUAUGCUGGGUGGCCAUGGUUAAGUUUAACCCUAUCUUUAUGAUCAAUAUUUCUAGUUAUGCUGGGUGGCCGUGGUUAAGUUUAACCCUAGUCGGUCCACUCUCUAUCUCUCUCAUCACUAUCAUCUACAGUAUGACAAGAAGGUUCAGGCUCCAGAAUUCAAGUUCUGUUCAACAAGACCAGACUUCUCCAGUUAAUUCAACCAGUCUAAAGAUCGCUGAUGCAGAGGAUGGGGGUUCACCAGUUCUCACUAGAAUCUCAAUGGAUGGAUCGCAUCAACAGAUGAUUUUUUCUGGAAGCUCAGAUAACGGUGUUCAGGAUAAAACUGAAUUUACCUUUGCUCUGCUUUUAAAUGGGUUGUCCUUAUUCCUUCAAGUUCCAAGACUGAUCUGUAAUGGGUUUGAGGCAACAUAUCUACUCACUGUUCUAGAAUGUUUAGAAGCCGGAGUUGACAUCACCCCAGUGUGGCUCUUGUAUGUUGCUACCCUAUCACAAGUUUGCCAGGGCUUAUUCUCCUCUGUAAAUUUACUAGUUGUUCUGGCCUCAAAUAAUGAAAGGAUCCGAAGAAGGAUAUCUAGUAUCUGGUAUCCAUCCCCCUCCUCAUAUACACGAUCCCAGGUUUCAUUGUAAACCCCUCCUCUCCCCUCAACAUAUACACGAUCCCAGGUUUCACUGUAAACCCCCCUCUCCCCUCAUCAUAUAUUCGAUCCCAGGUUUCAUUGUAAACCCCUCCUCUCCCCUCAACGUAUACACGAUCCCAGGUUUCAUUGUAAACCCCUCCUCCCCCCUCAUCAUAUACACGAUUCCAGGUUUCAAUGUAAACCCCUCCUCUCCCCUCAAUAUAUACACGAUCCCAGGUUUCAAUGUAAACUCCUCCUCUCCCAUAAACAAAUACACGAUCCCAGGUUUCAAUUUAAACUCCUCCUCUCCCCUAAACAAAUACACGAUCCCAGGUUUCAUUGUAAACCCCUCCUCCCCCUCUCAUCAUAUACACGAUCCCAGGUUUCAUUGUAAACCCCUCCUCCCCCUCUCAUCAUAUACACGAUCCCAGGUUUCAUUGUAAAACCCUCCUUCUUUUUUAUAGACUCCCAUGAUUCAUUGUCUCCAUCAAUUCCUUAAACAUAGACUCCAUGGAGUGCUUGUAAAUUGCCUCACACACUAGAUAAAUAGACUCCAUGGAGUAUGUGUAAAUCUUCAACCAUUCCUCAUAAUUAGAAUUUAAGGAGUACUUGAAAAUAUCCAUCUACUCGAACCUCAUAAAUAGACUUCAUGGAGUACUUGUAAAUCUCUAUUAAACUCCUCAUAGAUUGACUCCAUAUUGAUGCUUCUUUCAUCAACAUCUCAACAUGAAUAGAAUCAAUGGAGUCUUCAUAAAUUCCCACCCCCUCCUCAUAAAUAACCUCCAUAGUGAGUUUCAUUCGGCCUAAUAUCGACAUGAAAAGACUCCAUGUACAGUAGAUUCCGGCUCAUUUCAAGUACAGGAACUACUUAGCUAGAGCAAGCUGUACAGUACAUACACAGUCAAAAUGGGACGGUACAUAGCAAUUGAAUCCGCUCCUUCUAGGUAGAUUCUAGUACAUGGAGUACUGGUAAAUUUCCAUUCACGUGUAUUUUAAAAUCCCAUGGUUUUCCUCUUUAUGUUCUUGAAAAGUGAAAAAACAACUUUUUUAUGUUUUCUUCAAGACAGUUAAUAUGAAUACCGUCCAGAGAUAUAGCUCCACCGUUAAUCAAUUCUUAAAGAAACUGAAGGCGUAAUUUUUGAGAUGGCAUGUCAGGUUCACAGCGGUACCCUUAAAACCUCUAUCUGAUUAACAAGAAGGUAAAGUGUUAGGUUCUAACAGUUUCCUUCAUUGGCACUACUCUAUAAAUUCCUAAUACACUUUGACAGAGAAAACACAGUUGAAAAUAACCAAUUUUCAGCCAGAAAGAUAUUCAUAUCCAUGAUCACUGAUCAGACAAAGAUUGAAAGGGUACCGUAGUGAAUCAGACGUGCCACAUUACAAAUGGAGAGCCACUUCAAAUUCUGUUUUCAGUCCCUUAACGCUGCAAAUGUUUUAAGUUGUAAAUACCUGAACUCAGCUAGACGUAUUUAUAUAUAUAAAAUAAGAUAAAUGUUAUUUAUUCAUAGUGAUUUAUAUUGUAUAAAAUUAGUUCAUUGUUUAGUGAUGUUUUAUUUUAUGAAAAAGCCAUUUGAAUAAAUGUAUUGCGGA